GUGCAUAUCCAAUCAUAAGCGAGCCCACACCCCAGGCCCAGGCGGGGCAGGCACAGGACUGGUAAGCCCCGCCCCUCGCCGACGUGUGACGUCGAGUCGCCAUGGCCAGCUACCCCUACGGGCAGGGCUGCCCAGGAGCUGGAGGACAAGCGCCUGGAGCCCCUCCAGGCAGCUACUACCCUGGACCCCCGCAUGGUGGAGGGCAAUAUGGCAGUGGGGUACCCGCUGGUGGCGGUUAUGGAGGAGGUCCUGCCCCCGGAGGGCCUUAUGGACCGCCAGCUGGUGGAGGACCUUACGGACACCCCAACCCUGGGGGACCCCCCUCUGGAACUCCAGGAGGACUGUAUGGUGGAGCAGCCCCAGGGGGCCCCUACGGUCAGCCGCCUCCGAAUUCCUACGGGGGCCAGCAUCCUGGGCCUUACGGACAGGGACCUCCUCCAGGUGGCGUUCCUCCAAAUGUGGAUCCUGAGGCUUACUCCUGGUUCCAGUCAGUGGACUCCGAUCACAGUGGCUACAUCUCCAUCAAGGAGCUGAAGCAGGCUCUGGUCAACUCUAACUGGUCCUCUUUCAAUGACGAGACAUGCCUCAUGAUGAUCAAUAUGUUUGACAAAACGAAGUCAGGCCGCAUCGACGUCUAUGGUUUCUCAGCCUUGUGGAAGUUCAUCCAACAGUGGAAGAACCUCUUCCAGCAGUACGACCGGGACCACUCCGGCUCCAUUAGCUACACGGAGCUGCAGCAAGCUCUGUCCCAGAUGGGCUACAACCUGAGCCCCCAGUUCACCCAGCUCCUGGUCACCCGCUACUGCCCGCGCUCCGCCAGCCCCGCCAUGCAGCUAGACCGCUUCAUCCAGGUGUGCACCCAGCUGCAGGUGCUGACCGAGGCCUUCCGGGAGAAGGAUACAGCCGUGCAGGGCAACAUUCGACUCAGCUUUGAGGACUUUGUCACCAUGACAGCUUCUCGGAUGCUCUAAGCUGGCCCAUCUGGGGAGAGCAGAGUGGACCAGGGACCUUUCCUGGCUCCUGAGAGUGGGGGAGGCGUGUGGGCCUCUCCUCUUUUCCUGCCCCUCCUAGAAAAAGAUUCUCCCUUUCCUGAUGCAGCACUGUUUCCGAAGAGGGCCUGGAGUCCCGUGUCCCUGUCACCAAAUCGUGGGGACCUGGACAGAGGCCACACAGGUAGUGGCCUGACCUAAGAGAGGACUGAAGUUGAAUGUCCUGAGCAUUUAAUGUCCUGAGCCCUAAGCAUUUAAAUGGCCCAGCCUUGUGCCAGGAGCAGGAGAUGUCAGUGGAGUGAGUAGUGCCCAGUCAGCUGAGCUCCAGCCUCUGGCUGUUCCUUCUGCACCCUGACACCAGUGGUAAGUGUUCAUUAGCCUCUUGCCAUUAGCACCUGAGCCCCCUCACCUACACCGUCUUGUCCAAUGAACCCAGUUUCUCCAAAGUGGAAGUUAACCAAGCAGGAGGGAGGUUUGUCCACGGCACCAAGUGGCUUGGGUUCCACCAGCCCCAUGUCCCAAAUCCGCGCGUGUUGACUUCUAGCUGCCUGGGUGCCGUCCCUGCUCAGGGAGCUCCGACAGUCUGCUCUCUGGGCGUCCUCGGCCAGGCUCCCCCUCUGCAGCUUGGACCCUCCCUUGCCUGCCAUUGUCUGCUUGGCUUCAGUCCCAGUUGCCUCCUCCCAACGCCAAUGCUCUUUUUUUAUUUGUGGUUUUGUUGUUUUUUUUCUUCUUUCGGGGCCAAAAGUCCAGUGAAACUGUAAGCUUCAAUAAAAGGACAAAACUCUGUA